CCUAAAAGCCUUAAAAAUCUCUUAUCUUGUCAACUCAACCAUUCAACCUCCCUUUGCUCUUUGUUUUUUGUUGUAUAUCUUCUGGUUUUGGGCUUCUUUGAAAGAGGAGUUUUAACAGAUUCUCCAUUCAGGAAAAAGGAAAAGAAAAAAGAAAGCUCUGUGUUGAUCAAAUUGCACGUAAAAGAGACUUGUCAACUACCUGGUAAGAUUUAGGUAGCAGAUGGCCAUUGAACAGUGCUUAGAAGAUGCUAAUGACCCUUUAAGUGGAGAGGGUAAAAAUUCCUUGAACAAGUGGGAAAAUUCAUCUAGUUCUGAUGACGAUCCCUCCGCCAGUUUCGACUGCGACAUCUGCCUCGACUCGGUGCGAGAUCCGGUGGUUACUCUAUGCGGUCACCUGUAUUGUUGGCCUUGCAUUUACAAAUGGCUUCGUUUUCAAACCAUAUCCACUGAAGACCUGGACCAUAAUCAUCAGCAGUGUCCGGUUUGCAAAGCUGAAGUUUCACAUGAGACGCUGAUUCCGCUCUACGGAAGGGGCCUAACGACCAAGGCAUCCACAGACAAUACUCCGAACCGACCUCUCGGUCCUACCAGUGGCCUUGGCAUGAUAAGGUCACUUAAUACUACCACCGAUGAUCUACAGUUUCGGCAGCCAUUCGAUCACCAUAGUUACUCAUAUCAACCACAAAUCUACCACACUCAACAGGGAGGAUAUCCCGAUUCGUCGAUGCCUAGUCCUGGUGGCAUGGAGAUAAGUGUACCAGAUCCGGUGACCCGAAUGCUCGGCGAGAUGGUAUACACAAGGGUAUUCGGGAACUCGAUGACGGAUUUACAUACGUACCCGAAUUCAUACAAUCUGGGAGGGAGCACUAGUCGUAGGAUCAGAAGGCAAUUAAUGAAAGCCGAUAAGUCGCUGAGCAGAAUAAGUUAUUUCCUCUGCUGCUGCGUAUUGUUCUGUCUUCUUUUGUUCUGAUUUUCAGUUCUCUGCUUUUGUCGGAAGAAUUAUACCUGUAUAGGAGAACAAAAGCAUACAAAGUUCAGCCGGAUGCAGUAAUAACACAGUAUGAGAU